AUGUCGGUGCAGCAUGGCCUGAAGACGCUGUGGUGCGGUAAUGCCGCCUCUUCCUUCGUCCGGUCGAUACACGCGCAGAGGCGCGCUUUACACCACGAUGGCCGCAAUCGACUGAGUAAUUUCUGGACGCCCACUCAGACCCGGACAGCCAACACAGCCGACAACGCCGCCGAGGAUGGCCACGAUCUGCUUGUGCGGGCGGGCUUCCUCCGCCAGGCUCACUCUGGCAUCUUUCACCUCCUGCCGCUGGGUCUGAGGGUCCAGGACAAGAUCGAGAAAUUGAUCGACAAGCACAUGCAACGGAUCGGCGCUUCCAAAGUCUCGCUCUCAUCGCUAUCUUCACAACAUCUGUGGGAGAAGUCUGGGCGUCUCGAUGGUCGCAACAAGGAGCUCUUCCAGCUCAAGGAUCGCAAAGAUGCCAAGUACCUGCUGGCACCCACUCACGAGGAGGAAAUCACGACCAUCGUCAAGAAUGCUGUCCACUCGUACAAGGACCUCCCACUCCGACUUUACCAGAUUUCGCGCAAGUAUCGUGAUGAAGCACGGCCGCGACAAGGCCUUUUGCGCGGACGAGAGUUCAUCAUGAAAGAUCUCUACACUUUCGACGUGACCGACGCUCAAGCUAUGAGCACGUACGAGGAAGUGCGUGCUGCAUACAAAGCAUUCUUGGACGACCUCAAUCUGCCUUACCUGGUGGCCAACGCGGACUCGGGCAACAUGGGUGGUAGCCACAGUCACGAGUAUCACUUUGCGAGCGCCAGGGGUGAAGAUACCAUCAUAACAUGUCAAACAUGCGACUUCUCGGUCAAUGAGGAGCUCUACUUCCCAGCCCACCGUCCUGCGCAGACGGAAGAUGUCGAAACUGCACCAACUGCUGAUGCUAGGCAGCCUGCAGAUGAUGUGCCUUAUCAGAUAUGGUACGGCCAAGUCAGUGAGUCGCUUAAUACAACAGACGAUGCAUCGCAAGAAACAUCUCUCGACACAUCUGGAAGCGCCCCGCAGCUCAAGACUCUAGUCCAAGUCUUCUUGCCCAACGGACCGUACGAAAUCAAUCUUCAUGCUAUGAAAAAGCUGGUGCCCAGCAUAGAUACGACCGAGACUGUGAGACCAGAGGAGCUCUUUGGUCGUCUCGAAGAAAGCAAGACCUUGAAUGAUCCAGCGGAGUGGCUUGUGUUUCGAGACCCACGAGUUCCAGUCGCUGCCAUCAUCAACACUGUCGAACACUGGACCCGCCACGGCCAGAACAGACAAAUUAGUCAGACCGCACACUCUGCCAUUCCGGACAUCGAUGUCUCACCAUUCACACUCACCAACGCGGCUCGCGAUGAUUUGUGCCCUCAAUGUGGGACUGAAGGCUCCCUCACGUUCAGCCGGGCUGUUGAGAUCGGACACACUUUCCACCUCGGCAAGCGUUACAGCACACCUCUCGAGGCCGUAGUCCAGGAUGAGAACAAUCAGCAGGUCGAAAUCGCCAUGGGCUGUCAUGGUAUUGGCGUGUCGCGACUGCUGGGAGCUUCUGCAUCUCUCCUGGCUGAUAGCAAAGGCCUCAACUGGCCAAUUGCCAUUGCGCCUUUCAGUGUGCUCGUUGUGGCCGCUGGAGGCGUCUCUUCGACAGAAGUGGGCGCUCUGUACGACGAGGUCGAUGCCAGUCUCAGCAGCAAUCGGAUCGAUGCCAUCAUCGAUGAUAGGGACCGACCCAUGGGCUGGAAGUUGAACGAUGCAGACCUCAUCGGCUAUCCUUUCAUCAUUGUCCUGGGCAAAGCCUGGAAGCAACGCAGAGCGGUCGAGCUACAAUGCCGGAGACUGGGCAUUAAGGAAGAAGUGCCGGCUGAUCAGCUCGUUGAGAGAAUCUUGCAGUACAGCAGCAAGCUAUGA